AUUCGAUACAACUCUAACACAUUGGCAUUUUCACUGUACGUAAACGUUUGCAAAUUGCGUUUGCUUGCGCUCAAAGUAACUUAGAACUGUUAUUGAAUGCACAACACAAAUACCGGCAUUUGAAGUGGAGCCAUGGACGAAGAAUAUUCGGCAGCGUCUUCGGGUGGCGGCGGCGGCGGCGUCGGCGCUAAAAAGUCCGGCGUUGGCAAGCAGCAUAAUACGCUGCCAUUUUGGGGCAAUGAGACGUCUAUGAAUCUGAAUCCCCUUAUCCUGGCCAACAUACAGAGUUCCAGCUAUUUCAAAGUACACCUAUUCAAGCUGAAAACCUACCAUGAGGUGGUCGACGAGAUCUACUACCAGGUGAAGCACAUGGAACCAUGGGAGCGAGGAUCACGCAAAACCUCCGGCCAGACGGGCAUGUGCGGCGGUGUACGUGGCGUUGGCGCCGGCGGCAUUGUAUCCACCGCCUACUGUUUGCUUUACAAGCUCUACACGCUCCGAUUGACACGGAAACAGAUCAACGGGCUGCUCAAUCACACAGACUCGGCCUACAUACGGGCACUAGGAUUUAUGUACUUACGCUAUACACAACCGCCAGGAGAUUUAUACGACUGGUAUGAGGAUUAUCUGCAGGACGAGGAGGAGAUUGACGUAAAGGCGGGCGGCGGCCAGGUAUUGACGAUUGGCCAAAUGGUGUAUCAGUUUAUGACAAAGCUGGAUUGGUUCUCCACACUGUUUCCUCGCAUUCCUGUGCCCAUCCAGAAGCAGAUCGAGAAGAAGAUUGAACAAUAUUGCCGGGAGCAGGGCAUCACAAUUAAUCAGCUGAGCACGGGUCGUGGCCAGACAGCGGCAACGGUUACGCCUGGCAACGCCACGGCAGCUGUUGCCACUGGAUGCGAUGACUACGAGGGAGGAGGAGGAGGUGGUGGUGGUGGUGGUAGACGUGCUCCUGGCGCUGGAGGCGGAGGAGGAGCAGGUGGAGGAGGAGGAGGAGGAGCCGGCGGUUAUCCGCCAGCAAACUAUCGCAAUGAUCACGAUGAUCGCGACUAUUAUGCAAGUCAAGCCUCGGGGUCAGCCUAUGGACGCAGUCGCGGCUACGAGGAUUACCCACCGCCACCGCCCAUGUCUUCGAUGCUGCCCUAUGGCAGCUCCGAUCGCGACAAGGACUAUGGCGAACGUGGUGAGAGCAGUCGUCGUCGCAGCAGCAAGCACAAGAAGAAGCACAAGCAUAGACAAUACUCACGGAGUCGCAGUCGCAGUCACAGCAAAUCUCGCAGCAGUCGCAGUGACAGUCGUGGUCGUCAUCGUCAUGAGCGGGAUCGGGAACGGAAACGGGACGAACGGAGCAGCAGACAUCAUCACGACGACAGGGAACGGGAGAGAGAGCGGGACAGGGACAAGGACAAGGACAAUGACAGAGAGAGGGAGCGACGCUAUCGAUGAACUGAUUAUCAUUUAUCAUAUUUUUUUCCCCCUGUUUAUCUUUCCCUCUCUCUCUCUCUCUCUCUCUCUCUUUUAUUUAACCCACUUCAUUGUCGUCCUCUUGCAUAUGCGACUACAGAGCAUUGCCGACCUGGCUAAGCUCCUACUCAGGUUAUAACAAAUACACACACACACACAAACACACAGAAAGACAGACAAAGUUAAACACAACACAUACAUACAGACAAACAGACAAACAGACAAACAACAGCAAGUAUGGCUAUAUUUUGUAAUUCAUAACUCUUUAUGCUGAUUGUACAUUUUUCAAGUUGUGUUUUAUGCAAAAUAAAAGUGACAUUUGUUUAAAUCAA